CUGGUGGACCUGGAGGUGGGGGCUGAGCUGUGUAAGCUGCAGGUGUGUGCCGUUCAUCUCCCGUUGCCAACCUCCGACCUACUUUUGUGUCUUAACAUUUAUUCUUCAGCUGUUCAAGCAGAGAUAACGAGCAGUCUAGUCCAGGCCUUCUUAAACUUUUUCCACUUGCAACCCCUUCAGUGCUUCUGAAAUUGUGGGUUGCAACCCACAGUUUAAGAAGUGCUGUAGGAGACUACAAACUCCAUGAAGGUCUUCAGUCUGUUGAGCCUUUAUGAAUAAAAAGUUCACAGCAUAAAAUUAUUUCUAAUUCUAUAUGUAGUUCAAGUACAAUGAUGCUAUAGACAGCAGCAAACCGGGGAAGAAAAAAGGAUUUACUACUGAAGGAUGAAUAGUGAAGAAGAAUUCUUUGAUGCCGUUACAGUUUCUUCAUGGAGAAAUCACUUAUGAUGGAGAAUGGUUGCAGAGCAAUGCCUGAAUGUAAUGGCUUUGAUUCUGACAAUUCUUCUGGGGAGUUUUCAGAGGCAAAUCAGAAAGUCACAGGAAUGAUUGACUUGGACACUAGCAAAAGUAAUAGGACUGAAAAAAAUGGAGAGAGGCCUCCACAAGAGAAUGGAAUCAAGAAACACAGGACAUCUUUACCUGCCCCAAUGUUUACUAGAAGUGAUUUCAGCGUGUGGAGUAUAUUAAAAAAAUGCAUUGGCUUGGAAUUGUCAAAAAUCACAAUGCCUAUUGCCUUCAAUGAGCCAUUGAGUUUCCUCCAGCGAAUAACUGAAUACAUGGAACAUAUAUACCUCAUUCAUAAAGCUUCUUCUCAAGCAGAACCCUUGGAAAGAAUGAAGGCUGUAGCUGCUUUUGCAGUUUCGGCUGUGGCUUCUCAAUGGGAGAGGACUGGUAAACCAUUUAAUCCACUACUGGGGGAAACAUAUGAAUUAAUCAGGGAUGAUUUAGGAUUCAGAUUUAUAUCUGAACAAGUCAGUCACCAUCCUCCGAUUAGUGCAUUUUAUUCAGAAGGUCUCAAUGAGGACUUUAUCUUUCAUGGCUCAAUCUACCCCAAAUUGAAGUUCUGGGGGAAAAGUGUAGAAGCAGAGCCCCGAGGAACAAUUACACUGGAGCUUCUCAAACAUAAUGAAGCCUACACGUGGAUGAAUCCUACCUGCUGCGUACAUAAUAUAAUUAUUGGCAAAUUGUGGAUAGAACAGUAUGGAACAGUUGAAAUUUUAAAUCACAGAACUGGAGAUAAGUGUGUACUUAAUUUUAAACCAUGUGGGCUGUUUGGCAAAGAACUUCAUAAAAUAGAAGGAUAUGUUCAGGACAAAAGCAAAAAGAAGCUCUUUAUGAUAUAUGGCAAGUGGACGGAAUGUUUGUGGGGCAUAGAUCCUGUUUCCUAUGAGUCCUACAGAAAGCAUGAAAGGAAAGGUGACCACCAGAAAAAAGCAAAACCGGAGGAUGAGACUGAAAAAUCUGAGAGUGAUGUGGCUGAUGAUGUGCCUGAGAUCCAAGAUACAGUGCAAGUCAUACCUGGCAGUGAGCUCCUCUGGAGAAUAAACACAAGGCCUCCAAAUUCUUCUCAGAUGUAUAAUUUUACCAGUUUUACUGUGAGCCUCAAUGAACUAGAAAAGGGCAUGGAAAAGAUUUUAGCUCCUACAGAUUGCCGCCUUCGUCCAGAUAUCAGAGGCAUGGAAAAUGGUAACAUGGGUGGUUUUAUCAAGGCAUCAAUCCAUAUACUGGGACUUCUGACUGGCUAUAUUCGGGUGGAUACUUUGACAGAAAUUUCUCAGACUGCCCAGAUAUAUACUGAACCAUUGGAACAGAUUCUUCAGGACAUGGGGACAUGGAGAAGUCACACCCCAAUUCAAGCCAGCUCCUCUGGUUUUGUUAAUAGCAGAAACCAGCUUUUAUAACAGCAAUUUUAAUGGAAAUAGCAUCAUUCACUGAUCAAGGAUUUAAUUCUGAUUAAUUUUUUGAUUGCCAAAAAUUUAAUUGCUAUUGUGUUCUCUUCAUAAAGCUGCACUUGAAUCAUCAAGUUUUCACUAAGUUUUAAAAAGGAAAAUUCUUUGUGAUUCCCUUUUAUGUGACAGAAGUUGACUGUGGCUGGUUUAGUUUACAAGCACCCUCUUAACUCUGUAACAGCAUUUAAAGAAGUAACAGGAAGACAUUGGUGUUUCUACCUGUAGUGAAGCAAAAAAGGGUUUCUUCAAGUAUUCUGAAGUUGAACCAGUGACAAUAAAUAAAUAUGAGAGGGGAAGAGAUGGCUGUUGGAAACUAUCCCCAGAGGUAUGAAGGACUGAAGUAAAGAACUCUUCAUAAAAUGAUGGUGAUCCAGAGGUGAAUAUAUACCAAACACAGAAUGUCAGACUGAAUUGAAUAAAAAGCUGCCAAACUA